AUGAACACGCCUAGCUUUAAUGACUCGUUUUUGAAGUGGGAUCCAGCCCAGGUGUCCACUUUUAUCAACACGGUAACUAAAGAUCAAAACCGGCAGUAUGGAUCUUUCUUCUUGGACAACAACAUAGAUGGCUCGCUCUUACCGUCUUUGUCGACAGAACACUUGAAAGAGUUGGGCAUAGAUACGUUGAAGGUGAGACUCAAGAUCAAGAAAAGUAUAAGUGACCUCAUCGUUGACCACUACAAAAAGCAUCCUCCCCAAUCAAUUUACGAUCCGGAAUACGCUUUGAACAAUAUCAACAUAGAUAGCAGUCAGAUAUCAUUGGAGAGUUUAAAGGUUUCGGCAGUAUUGGUGCAAGAUCUGAUCAGAAAGUUCAAUAGAGAAGUGCGAGGGCAGCAAGUAGAUCUGCCAGUUUCUCCCACACAGCAGGAAAUCAAAAGAUUGAACGACAAUUUUAGGAAAUUGAAAACCGACUUGAUCCCGGUUAUUAGAUUGUUAAAGGACUCCAAACCAUUGCCAACUCCAACUCUAGAUCCAGGUCCAGCAGCUACAAUGGAGUCACCAACGUUUUCCUUACUGCAUCUGGUAGAUGAAAGAGAGAAAACCGAAGCAAGGCCCAACAGCGGACAUGGUGUUGCUGAUGCUAACCGAUUCUCCACUGCUGAAGCUCAUAGUCCUACCUCCCACAGAUUUUCUACGGGAAGUUUGUUGUCGAUGGGAACGGGACAAAUAAUUUCUCAGCUUGUGUCCAAGGUCGUUGACGAUCAAUCUCAUGACUUCAGAUUGCAAAAAGUGGGCAAAAAAGGCAAGGGACCACUACACGGCGGUUUGCUGAAUAUCCUGAAGCCCGAAUUAGUGGAAAAUAAGUCGUAUGGGUCGACUGUUACUGUGAAUACAGAUCAACAAAAGCCACAAUCGCAAGCACCCUCUGUUGCACAGUUGAGGUCACCUUUUUACCAGACCCAAUCGGCAGCGGGACUGCACCAACCGAUACAGGCACAACAACAGCAUUUGCAUCCACAGCCACAUCUGCAACCACAACCCAACACAGCGCAACCACAACCCAACACAGCGCAACCACAUUCGUCACGAUCGCACUCUAGCAAUGAGCCUCUUAAACAACUACGAGCAUCAACUGAUGACUCAUGCAUGAAAGUUCUACAACACGCUAUGAAACGACACCACAUUCCUCGCGAGGAUUGGUCGAAAUAUGUUCUUGUGAUUUGCUACGGUGAUAAAGAAAGAAUAUUGAAACUAGCCGAAAAGCCAGUUGUUGUGUAUAAAGAGUUGCAGGAGCUUGGGAAACACCCGGCAAUAAUGUUGCGUCAACUAGCGGAUGUGUCCUCAUCCGAUCCGGAAGACUAUGAAGAUUCACGAAUAAGUUCGGACAUUCCUGGUGGGGUUUUGUGA